UGAGACAGCCUCCGAGUUGUAAACAAGGACGAGCCUGGGCGGGACCCCAGCCCACGCGACUUGGAGCCCUGUCCCAAGAGGCUAAUCUUAAGCCCACGUUGCCCCAGAUACCUGCUUCUGCUUCCUCUUCCCUGUUCUUCCCACCCUAUUCCCCUCACAGCCGCGGGCACCGGUGCCAGGGCACUCCGUGGUCACCGGGUCAGGCUAUUUCUGCGGGGACCGCGGCCAGGGGGGCGGGGCCCCUACCUCUUUCUCUGAUCUGAUUGGCGCGGCCUGGAGUUCAGGGCGCGUCUCCAAGUUCCAGUGACUCCUCCUGUUUGGGACUCGGGGGGAGAGUGCGGGGAAACAAAUAAAACCUCGGGCGGCGGCGGCUGGUGGGAAGACGGGAACUUGAGUUUCAACCCACUGCAUCUCCGACUCGCUGCCCAGCCUCUUCACUCCGCGGCACCCUCAAACCCUAGCCCAGGCCCGGGCGCACGAGACAGCCGGCGCACCUGCAGUCCUCGCCCAGACGCGCCGCGCCCCCUCGGAACCAGGCUCUGCUCCGAGCAGCCUUAGCCCCUCAAGCGAGCCACAGUCCCUGCAAGGCCGGGUGGGCGUCAAGAUGAAGGCGGCCCGUUUCGUGCUGCGCAGCGCUGGCUCACUCAGCGGUGCCGGCCUGGUGCCCCGAGAGGUCGAGCAUUUCUCGCGCUACAGCCCCUCCCCGCUGUCCAUGAAGCAGCUACUGGACUUUGGUUCAGAAAACGCAUGUGAAAGAACUUCUUUUGCAUUUUUGCGACAAGAAUUGCCUGUGAGGCUCGCCAACAUUCUGAGGGAAAUUGAUAUCCUCCCGACCCAGUUAAUAAAUACCUCUUCAGUGCAAUUAGUUAAAAGCUGGUAUAUACAGAGCCUGAUGGAUUUGGUGGAAUUCCAUGAGAAAAGCCCAGAUGACCAGAAAGCAUUAUCAGACUUUGUAGAUACACUCAUCAAAGUUCGAAAUCGACACCAUAAUGUAGUCCCUACAAUGGCACAAGGAAUCAUAGAGUAUAAAGAUGCCUGUACAGUUGACCCAGUCACCAAUCAAAAUCUUCAGUAUUUCUUGGAUCGAUUUUACAUGAACCGUAUUUCUACUCGGAUGCUGAUGAACCAGCACAUUCUUAUAUUUAGUGACUCACAGACAGGAAACCCAACCCACAUUGGAAGCAUUGAUCCUAACUGUGAUGUGGUAGCAGUGGUCCAAGAUGCCUUUGAGUGUUCAAGGAUGCUCUGUGAUCAGUAUUAUUUAACAUCUCCAGAAUUAAAGCUCACACAAGUGAAUGGAAAAUUUCCCGACCAACCAAUUCACAUCGUGUAUGUUCCUUCUCACCUCCAUCAUAUGCUCUUUGAACUAUUUAAGAAUGCAAUGCGGGCAACAGUUGAACACCAGGAAAAUCGGCCUUCCCUUACACCAAUUGAGGUGAUUGUUGUCUUGGGAAAAGAAGACCUCACAAUUAAGAUUUCAGACAGAGGAGGUGGUGUUCCCCUGAGAAUUAUUGACCGCCUCUUUAGUUAUACAUACUCCACUGCACCAACGCCUGUGAUGGAUAAUUCCCGGAAUGCUCCUUUGGCUGGUUUUGGUUACGGCUUGCCAAUUUCUCGUCUCUAUGCCAAGUACUUUCAAGGAGAUCUGAAUCUCUACUCUUUAUCAGGAUAUGGAACAGAUGCUAUCAUCUACUUAAAGGCUUUGUCUUCUGAGUCUAUAGAAAAACUUCCAGUCUUUAAUAUGUCAGCCUUCAAACAUUAUCAGAUGAGCUCUGAGGCUGAUGACUGGUGUAUCCCAAGCAGGGAACCAAAGAACCUGGCAAAAGAAGCGGCCAUGUGAAGAGGGACACUCAAGACACUUUAUGGGAUCAAAGUGGGUCUGCACCAGUGCUGCUUCCUGAAUGUUUGUGUGUGAACCCUUGUUUCCUCCAAAACAAACAACAGCAACGAAAACUCCUUAAUCAGAACACUGAUCCAAUGAGGAUUGGAGCUUGUUUCUGUGACCCAGGAGAACUUAGUGCAAGACUACAGGAGUUAACAGAUGGUCAGCUCCUUAUUUUUUUAUGUAGAAUAACUCAUGAGUUUAUAUAAAAUCCCAAAGAAAUAAGCCUCAGUUUUCCAUCUGUUUUUGAUAACAAGAAUGAGAAAGGGAGUGAGCGUGAAGAUGGCAGUUAGCAGUUUCAAUAGACUAAUAUUUUAGGCCUCUUGUUCACAUCAAAAGAUAUUGGUGUCAGAAUACCAGCAUUUUCCUGCCAUGCAAAGGAUUAAAACUUAGUUUACACUAUGUGGUUAGAAAUGUAUGUAAAUGUACAUUUUGAACAUAUUUAUGUGCUCUGGAAGGAAAGGCUGGUGACUAAAAUAAGGUUUACGCUGAAAGAGGAGGAAUUUUAUUCAAAGCAUUCAAACAUUUUAUUCAAAUGUUUCAAAAUUCAAAACAUUUUAUUCAAGGUUGCAGUGAAGGCAUCAACUUAUGUAAAAUCUCAGAAGGAAGGCUCCUCUGAUAAAAACACAGCUCCUUUAUUAUGCUGCUUUUCCUGUUUACUUUACACACUAAGUGAACACUUAUUGUCAGGUGCCUGGUCUUGAGUGAAUUGUUAGAUGUGCACUGAACUCAGGAUGUUGGGGAUUGGAGAGAGAAUUGCCAAAGUAACGGCAAAAAUAUCUCUUACUUUGCUUUGCUUAUAAAUAAGUCAGCAGAUUGGAAAAACUAGU